CAUCUCAACAAUUGCGUUUCUCUUCAACCAACUAUUGUCCAACGUCUGAAAUGUCCACCAAUGACGAGGACCAGCUAAGCGACGCAAUUAUCAACGAGUUCACUGCCGCCGGCUACACCACCGACCAGAUCGAAACCAUCCUCGACCGACAACACUCGCUUAAACACGAACCCGAGGGACCAACGUGGAUUAAAGUCCAUCGAAAGUAUCUGCUGCCGGAUACGUUGAUGGCAUACCGACUCCCCUGGGAUUGGGACGAGGUAUGCGCUUCCCCGGCCUCUUGGAGAACUGAUAGCAAUUAAAGCCACGAAACUAGCACGAUAGCAACUUUAUAAUGAUCAAGGAAUGGGUCAGCGAAGAUCUCCAGGAGGAGCUGUUUGCGCAUACGCGGCGCCUAC